AUGUCAAAUCAGUCAAUGGAAAAGGAGCGCACCGACUCAGCCGAGGAAUACGGCUCCGACUCGGCCCCCGAAUCAGUGCCUCCUCGCCGCGAGCGAAGACAAAUGCAGAGAACCCAGCGCCGCCCACAAGCCAGAAACGGCCCUCUGGACCAGCUGCCCGUAGGCGGCGAGCUGGGACAAGUCGGACAAACAGCUGGUGGAGUGCUGGGAGGCGUGACGAACACGCUGGGCGGCGUGACGAACAAUGCCGUCGACAACCAGAAGCAGGGAGACGGCGGGAAGAGCGACACGCUGAGACUGCGGCUGGACUUGAACUUGGAUAUUGAGAUUCAGCUCAAGGCCAAGAUUCACGGAGAUUUGGAGCUGGCGUUGUUGUAA